AUGUGGCCUCUCUGGACCGCCACAGCUUUGCUAGCAGCCGGCGCAGCUCAAGCAGACCCCAGCGCAAGCGGCUCAAACUCGACCAAGUUGGACGUUCCACUGAACGCAGACGGCGCUUCGAUACCCCACGCCAACUCGUUUGCUUCCUUCUCGUUCGAGCCGGCCUUCUGGGUCGAGUUCUUCGGUAACGCAAGCACGCCGAACAACCUCACAUUCACCCUCCUCAAUCGAAUCCAUGAACAUGGUGGCCAUCCGGUCAUCCGGCCCGGUGGCAUCACCAUGGACAGCAUGAUAUUUGACCCAGAAGGCGGAGAUCCCGUCCGCACCACCAGCCCCGGGGGAGGCGUUUGGCGGACGACUGUCGGCCCGGACUACUACCACAGCUGGGACAACUUCCCCAACGGCACCAAGUUCAUCUCCACGCUCAACUUUGGCAACGAGAGCUUGGACAUCGCCAAGGGCCUGGCGGUCGCUUCCGUCACUUACCAGGGCGACAAGAUUGCGUACUACGAGCUGGGCAACGAACCCACAAACUACGAGCGGAGCCGCUGGAAUUUCUCGACGGAUGCCUACGUCCACGAGUGGAAGGAAUACACGCGCGGGAUCGACGCCGCCGUCAACGCCACCGGCCACUCCGACCUCCCAAGCGAGCGCUGGUGGGCCUCGUCGGCGACGACCGACGAUUCCGGCCUGGAUGUGCUGCCCAUCGCCCUCAUCCCGGCCGGGAUCGACUCGGAGCACCAGGUCGGCGUCUACUCGAUCCAUUCCUACGCCUUCUCCACCUGCGACCCGGCCCGGGCCGCCCUCGCGACCAUCCCGAACAUCCUGAACCACACCGAGCUCGUCCGGUACUGCGACGAGGAGAUCUACCCGUCCGCCCGCGCGGCCCUCGACGUCGGCAAGCGCUGGUCCAUUGGCGAGUUCAACUCCGUCAGCUGCUCGGGCGCGCCCAACGUCACCGACACCUUCGCCCAGGCCCUCUGGGUCGUCGACACCCAGCUCAUCUACGCCACCCGCAACGCCUCGGCCGUCCACCUGCACCAGGGCGCCACCCUCGCCUUCCAGUCCUCGGACCAGGUCAACACCCCCGGCGAGGACGGCACCCCCGGGUACAGCACGUACUCGAUGCUCUACCCGCGCGACAGCUCCCUGCGCGGCCCCGCGCGCACCCUGCCCUCGUUCCUCGGGCAGCUGUUCAUGGCCGAGGCCCUUGCCGUCCCGGACACCCGCGUCCGGGCCCUCGCGCCGCCGCCCGGCGUCGCCCCCGACUCCUUCGCCGCGUACGCCUUCUACGUGGCCGGCCGGGUCUCCAAGCUCGCCCUCGUCAACAUGAAGCCGUACUACGCCAGCUCGACCUCGGACUACACCGUCCGUCUGGACCUGUCGGACCUGGUGCGCGCGGGGACGGGGGGCAGCGUGCGCGCCAAGAGGAUGACGGCGCCUUACGUGAACACGGGCGACAGCAAGCUGUCGACGUGGGCCGGGCAGGCGUUCCCUCAAGGCGAGCCGGUGGGCGAGACGGUCGUCGAGACCGUCGGUGAUGACGGAGUUGUCGAGGUCAGGGGAAGCGAGGCCGUCUUGGUGUUCUUUAACGAGGAGGAAGUACAUGGCUUGUGA